AUGGAUGAACUCAAGUCUUGGCUGGCGAGACUUCCGGCACCCGCUGACCUGGUCAUCCUCAUUGACACCCGGCUCAUCCACAGAAUCCCCAACCUCGACCUAAAACUUCGACCUCACUCCUCCGCUCACGCCCCAGCACUUCUCUCUACCGAGAGCGCCACAGGGAGGCCCACGCUCAUCGGCGGUGUCUCUAUCCUCUCUUUCAACAGGGCUAUCUCACUGUCCUCUCCAGCCCCCUCCGCAGACGGCAGACUAAUCACUGCCGAGUCUAACCGCCUUGACCAAGCAAGACUCCACCUGGCCAGGUAUGAAGCCUCAAAAGCCUCCGAAAUUGCGCUCAAGGCCAAGCUUAAAGUGGAAGGGCACAGGGAAAUGGGAGUCUCCUCCCUUCUCUCUGGCCUCAACUCGCGAAUCAAGGGCUCGAUCAUCAGCUCCCUGACCUUACCCAAUGGACAAACAACGUCGGACCUCCCCACCAUGACAAACCUGUGCUCCAACUUCUUCCAGACACUUUACAGCGGGAACAACCCCGCCUCCGUAAACUCGGCCUUCUGGCAACACAUCCCUCCCUCCUCCAUCCCGAACCCCCUACUCCUACGCCUCGGCGCCCCCUUCUCCCUAGCUGAAAUUGGAAAAGCACUACUCUCUCUGUCCCGAGGAAAAACCCCCGGCCCAGACGGUCUGCCCGGGGAACUCUUUCGGCAAUUCGCCCCACGAUUUGCACCGGUCUUCCAUUCCCUGCUCUCCCCUCCGCAACCUCUCUCUCGCUUACCCCCGUCUAUGCUGACCGGACGCACCGUCCUCAUCCCCAAACGGGGUGACUCCUCGCUCGUAGAAAAUCUUCGCCCCAUCACCCUCAUGAACGCUGAUUACAAGAUACUCGCGCUGUGUCUUGCUAACCGCCUCCAGCUCGUUCUUCCCCAGAUCAUCCACCCGUCCCAAACCGCCUUCAUCAAACACAGGAAAAUUGGAGACACAAUCAACGACACCCUUGACAUCAUGGACUGGGCAGCAUUCUCAUCAACCCCUCUCCUCGCUCUUACGGUAGACUUUCGAAAGGCCUACGACCUGGUCGACCGCCCCUUUCUCCUCCAAGCCUUAGCGGUCCUAGGGAUUCCAGCUCCCUUCAUACAUUGGGUACGACUAAUGCACUCCGACACGAACACACGAAUCUCCGUCAACAACAUGCUCGGCCCAACCUUCCCUGUCCGUACGGGCGUCCGACAGGGUUGUCCUCUGGCACCUCUUCUUUUCGUCUGUGUCAUAGAGAUCUUCCACCGAUACAUGUCUCUCUUCCUACCCGGCUUCUCUCUGUCUCCCGUCCAGCGCCGACUCAUGGCAUGUUACGCGGACGAUGUCACUCUCUUCCUCACCUCAGACACAGAGCUCGGCCUCGCAGUGAUACUCCUCGGCGUCUUCGGUUCCGUGUCUGGGGAGGAAUUUCACGAUGACGCCACACGCCUCCUCCCAGAUCUCAUCAACGCUAUCAAGCCUCCCUGGUGGGCCGGCCUCCGAUCCCCUCACUCCUCCUCUGCCUCCCUUGGAGAUUGGUUCAUGCCCUCGGAUGACCACUACUCCAUAUCUCACCUCGCUAUCCAGGUCGUCGCUUUCAUCCCCCCCUCUACCGUCUCGGCUACUGUCCACCCCGUCUCGCCCAACCAUCGCAUCGGCCGUACCCCAAUCAAAACCGGACUCUUCCGUUUACAAGACCUCAUUGAGGUGUAUGUCAGGGAAUGGUGGCUCGCAGGGCCACUUCACACAGGGACAGGGUUAGGAGCUAGGGUAGAACUUCUACAGGACGGCACCCCCAGCCUCGCCGACAUCCGCCGUCUCCUCUACUCCACACAGCCGCUUACUCACCACAGUCGAUGGACCCGAGACCUCACCCUUCCUCCUCCCCCUCUCCCUGGCCUUAAGGACCCCUUUCUCAAAGACCAGCCGAGCCGCCAACGGGAUAUCCUCUUCAGACUCUACACACUAACUCUCCCCUCUGGAUCACGCUUCCAAUAUUUUGACGACCGAGGGGUUUGCCCCCGGUGUCCUGCUGCUGUUAUAGAGACACUGCCGCAUAUCUUCUUCGAAUGCGCCUCCGCCGGAAAUGUCAUCUCUGCUCUGCGCACAGUCGCUGACCGUCACCUCGGACAAACCGCCCCCGCCGAACACAUCUUCUUCCCGCCACAGUCACGGUCCAUGCCCGUUUCCGCGCUACAGGCGGAAGAACGGAGCUCCUCCGCGCCGCAGGCGGAAGAACGGAGCUCCUCCGCGCCGCAAGCGGAAGAACGGAGCUCCUCCGCGCCGCAGACGGAAGAACGGAGCUCCUCCGUGCCGCAGGCGGAAGAACGGAGCUCCUCCGCACCGCAGGCGGAAGAACGGAGCUCCUCCGCGCCGCAGGCGGAAGAAAGGAGCUCCUCCGCACCGCAGGCGGAAGAACGGAGCUCCUCCGCGCCGCAGGCGGAAGAACGGAGCUCCUCCGCGCCGCAGGCGGAAGAUCGGAGCUCUUCCGCGCCGCAGGCGGAAGAUCGGAGCUCUUCCGCGCUGCAGGCGGAAGAACGAAGCUCUUCCGCGCUCCAGGCGGAAGACCGGAGGCUUCCGCUGCUGACCGUUGCAGGCGGAAGGUCGGAGCGCUUCCACGGUGCAGGCGGAAGGUCGGAGCGCUUCCGCGGUGCAGGCGGAAGGUCGGAGCGCUUCCGCGGUGCAGGCGGAAGGUCGGAGCGCUUCCGCGGUGCAGGCGGAAGGUCGGAGCGCUUCCGCGGUGCAGGCGGAAGGUCGGAGCGCUUCCGCGGUGCAGGCGGAAGGUCGGAGCGCUUCCGCGGUGCAGGCGGAAGGUCGGAGCGCUUCCGCGGUGCAGGCGGAAGGUCGGAGCGCUUCCGCGGUGCAGGCGGAAGGUCGGAGCGCUUCCGCGGUGCAGGCGGAAGGUCGGAGCGCUUCCGCGCUGCAGGCGGAAGGUCGGAGCGCUUCCGCGCUGCAGGCGGAAGGUCGGAGCGCUUCCGCGCUGCAGGCGGAAGGUCGGAGCGCUUCCGCGCUGCAGGCGGAAGGUCGGAGCGCUUCCGCGGUGCAGGCGGAAGGUCGGAGCGCUUCCGCGGUGCAGGCGGAAGGUCGGAGCGCUUCCGCGCUGCAGGCGGAAGGUCGGAGCGCUUCCGCGCUGCAGGCGGAAGGUCGGAGCGCUUCCGCGCUGCAGGCGGAAGGUCGGAGCGCUUCCGCGCUGCAGGCGGAAGGUCGGAGCGCUUCCGCGCUGCAGGCGGAAGGUCGGAGCGCUUCCGCGGUGCAGGCGGAAGGUCGGAGCGCUUCCGCGGUGCAGGCGGAAGGUCGGAGCGCUUCCGUGCUGCAGGCGGCAGGUCGGAGCGCUUCCGCGCUGCAGGCGGAAGGUCGGAGCGCUUCCGCGCUGCAGGCGGAAGGUCGGAGCGCUUCCGCGCUGCAGGCGGAAGGUCGGAGCGCUUCCGCGGUGCAGGCGGAAGGUCGGAGCGCUUCCGCGCUGCAGGCGGAAGGUCGGAGCGCUUCCGCGCUGCAGGCGGAAGUUUUUGUCCCCUCGCGCCAUCCCCCUCCCUUCCCCUUCCCCUCUUCCGCAACUACUCCUUUUCCACCCUGAUCCGCGCCCCUCCCCGCCAUUUCCGCAUUUCCCUCAUCCCCUCUCUCUCCUCUAUGCCCUCUCCCCUCUCUCUCCCGGCUCUUCAUCUCUUUCCCCUACCCUCCGCUUCCCUCCCCCCUUCCCACCCCGAUCACUCUCGCUCCCCUCUCCGUUUCCAGCCCUCGCUUUCGUUUCCUCUCCUUCGCGCACCUUGUGGUAACUCUCGUAGCGUAACCCCUAUUCCCGUUUCCUCUCUCCCUGUUUCUCCUCUCCCUGUUUUCUCCUAUGGACGCCAUGACGAUAUUCCCUUGCAAUGUGUGGAAUGA